CUUUCAAAAGUUACAGUUUUUGGAUUUUUAUACUCAGUCAGAUAACUAUUUUUAUCUUGUUAUUUGUUAUUCUUUAUUCCUAGAUAUAUAUUGAAUAUUUUGUGUUCUUUGCAGACAUCAAAGGAAGAUUCUUGAUCCGAAAUUGUCAAUGAGAUUUAGUAAUAUUCCAAACAAUGCAAAGUUAGAGCUUGUUAAGGCAGACAAAUUGAGGACAGAGUCGUCAACGCAUAUAGCCCUACAACUGCCUGAAGGGCAAAGGUUACAGCAUGCAUUCUCACCGAGUUCAAGUUUGUGGGACAUCAUUGAGCAUUGGCAACAAACUCUUCAGAGAAAGCUUCUUGCUGAUUAUUCUGAAGAUGGUCAACCUAUGGAACCAAAUCUUGUAUACUUGACACACAAUAUCUCUGGAGAAACUAAGUUGAAAGAAACCAAGUUAAGGUCAAUUGGAUUGACAGGCGGUAAAGCUGUCAUUCGUUUGUCUGGACGUGUCAUUCCUGCUGACCAACAGUUAACUACAGCGGAAAGUCCAGAAAAGAAGAAGCCGAAGCUUGAAACUUGUAGCUCAGAGUCAUACAUGAAAAAAAUGGACAUAGUUGAAGGAACUGAAAAUCCAUCUCAUUCUACAGACUUCCAUCAGGAAGAAAUGUGUGAUGGUGAACCUGAAGAACAUUCAAAGGCAGUCAGUGCUGACACAUUCACUGAUUUUAAUGUGGAACAGAAUCAUCUUAGACCAGAGCAACAGAAAGACACUGAUGCAAAUAUUGAAAUCUCAGAGACUGUAAAAACAACAACCUCUCCAGAGGUCGAUAAUAGAAGCAAAGAAUCAAAGGGUAGUGGGGCACCUGUAAAAGAAUCCCAGCAGAGGCCUGAUGUUGAUGUCAGGAUGGAGACAACGGUCGAGACACCUGUUAGUGAACCUCAAGAGAACCUUGGGCCUGAUGUUAGGAGAAAAGAGACAAAAAGUAAAGAGGCACCUGUUAGAGAACCUCUACAAAAUCCUAGAUUACAUGAAAGUCCGUUUGCAGAUUUCAAGUUCCCAGAAUGUGUCACAGAUGUCGAAAGCAAUUCUGAGAUGAACAUUGAUGAAAGCAGUGAGCCACAGGUAUGUGAUCGUGAGGCUGUGGUGUUUGAUUUAUCUGGCGACAAUGUACCAGAAAUGAGCAAUGAUACACCAGAUGAAUUCUUUGAAGUAACUGUUGAUGAUGUAAGGAAAAGGCUCGCUGACUUGAAACACCAAAGUGCCAGUGAUGCACCCCUGCAAACAAGUAAAAUGAGAGAAAACAAGGAAAGGCAGAAAAUGUUGCGUUACAAAAAAAUUGUUGUUCGUAUUGUCUUCCCUGACAAGACUGUCCUACAGGGAUUCUUUAGACCACAAGAAACAGUGCAAGCCCUAUUUGAGUUUGUGCAGACAUCUUUAGAAGAGAAAUCACUAGAGUUUUAUCUUUAUACUUCACCACCAAAAACAAUUUUGAAGAAUAGGACAGAAACAUUUUUUGAGGCCACCUUGUUUCCUGCUGCGAAGGUUUAUUUUGGAUGCAAGGACAAAAGAAGUACUUGGCUGUCUCCAUCGCUUCUUGGCUCAAUAACACCAGUGGCAGUUGUUAACAAAUCUUUGAAAAGCAUUAGUGAGACAGGCUUCAUAGAAACUGCCAACAAACCAAGCACCUCUGAAGGGCAGAGCCUUGAAAGACAAGAAGCUUCUACCGUGGCAGCAAGUAAGCGACCAUCACCUAGUGCAACUACUAACUCUCAGAAGAUACCAAAAUGGUUCAAACUUGGCAAGCAAUAAAGUAGAGCAAUAACAUGAUACAGAUGACAUCCUGUUGUGAGUGCAUUGCUUAGAAUCUCUCAUCUGAACUUAACAUGAUACCGAUGACAUCCUGGUGCAUUGCUUAGAAUCUCUCACCUGAACUUAACAUGGUAUCGAUGACAUCCUGACAUUAGUCAUUCAAAGCUCCUAUCAUUAAUACAUACAAUAAAAUAGUUGUCACAUUUAAACAUAUAAACCCGGGCACUCAAUGCUUCUCACGACGAGUCCAACUCCGUCGGUUUUCGGUCUGAACGGAUUGUCAUUAAAAAUGAUCCGCUUCACCGCAUUGUGUUCUUCAUAGAAUCGUGUCGAUCGACGACCGUCGUGCGCAGUGAGUGACCGGCUUAAGGAUAAGGAUACUAUAAUAUACUUAUCUACAUAAUAAAUUACAGAGCAUAUUUAAAUUAAAUAAUAACAGCAUUUAACAUGUGGAUUAGGAGAUCUAAAAAUCAUGAUGUUCAAGAGUCCAGAUCUUAAUUAGUGGUAUUUGGAAUUGAUUGAGUGAUUGACAUUUUUGAUAAUCAAAUCCACUUUAUUAAUAACUACUUGUAGUUUGUGCGAAUGACCUUUUGUCAUACCACUAAACCGAACUAAUGAAACGUAUAAAAUUACACUUUGCAUGACCAAUGAAUAGUAUAGUUAAGAAAUUGUUACAUUUACAUGAAAUUGAUAUUUUCGCAUACAAUGUCAUCUGUUCUUAUCUUUUCUUAAGAUUGAUUUACAUUGUUUAUCCCAUUUCAUUUUUUUUUCCUGUGGUAAUCCAUAAAUAUUUACAUUUGUAACCAUUUCAACAUGGAUCAGAUCGGACAUGUUGCACUAUUAUCAAAUACUUGUACUGUAUAAACUAUAUUUAGUUGACCUUAACAGUAGAUUCUAGCUGACCACUUUACAAACCAAAACGCAUGGAGCAAGUUAUAGCCAUGAAUUCUAGGAAGCCUAGAUGCAGGAGUUCCACCAGUGGGUUUGCCAGCUGGGCCCUGGCCUAGCCGUCAGGGACGCUUGGCCGAGCCGUGGUACAAUCUGCUGGGAAAAAAUUAAUUAGAAAUAUUUUCUAAGCCAGCAUGCAUGACAGUGCCAUUUUCUGGCAUGUAAAUGUGAUAUAACCUUACUGUUUAUUGUUGUUGCAUCAGCCCCAAAUAUAGUGAGGCUGAUGUGUGCCUGGCCCAUCUCUGAAAAAUGUUGGCACCACCCUUGCUUGGACGUAUUGUUAAAAAAAAUAGUCAAAAUUGACAUUAUUCUGAUUUACGAUUGUCACUGGGACGAAGCACAGUGACAAGUUGUCACUAGACCUGCGUAACAAUUGCUAUAUUUGUUUUUGGCUGGCUUGUUUACAGUAUAAUUAUGAGGUUUAGUAAAUGCUGUGAAAAAGUUCUUGGCAUGGCAUUACUUGUAUAUAAGUAUUAAGUUUAGGCUAGGUGCUAUACAAAUAUUUUACAAAUUAUAUAAAUGCAAAUAAUAUCCAAUAAUAGUUCAAAUUUAACAGAGGAAGUUUGAGUAAACUGUUGGAUUUAAUUGGAAAAACCUUAUUAAUAUAACCUACGCCCUAUUACUUUAAAUUGGAAAUAAGACGUUUUGUUUAUUGAACAAAUAAAACGAAAUAUGUGAAAUAAA